UUUCCAAGACCUAUUGUGGCAGUGUAGGCGGGGUGCCCAUUUUACAAGGAAGUUGUGUUGAUGUGUAUUUGAAGCACUUAGAACCAACGCUGACGUAAAGUAGGCUACUUACUGAACGUGUGUGGCAAGUUCCAAGGAUUCCAUGCGCACUGAGCCGCUACCCGUUUAACAGGUGCUGUGCGUCUAGCCGUGUCAAAAGCCCGGACACCGCUCUCAUAUGGGGGACUGUCUACGCAAAACCUGCCCCUGUCUGGAGACGCUAUGGGUCAGACUGUUUGGCGACAAGAAGAACACCGAACGUAGUAACACAGUGGAGGGGAUCUCGAACGAUGUCGCCGAUGACGAGUGUGUAGAGAUAUCGGGUAAUGGCAGGCAGUCAUUCACGAGGAACCCGAGGAACUCGAUGCAUCGGGAUGCGCCCCAGCCCACGGAAAGCGCGAUCUACAUGGCUUUGUGGAGAUUUGAGGCACGAGAAAAAGAUGAGUUGUCGUUCCAAGAGGGAGAUCUGUUCAACGUCAUCAGUCGAUCCGGAGACUGGUGGACUGCGCGUAAAAUAGACAGGAAUGGGCGCGUUUUGGCGAAGGGGAUUGUGCCGAAUAACUACCUGGCAAGGGGAGAAUCUGUCAACGCACAGCCAUGGUACUUUGGGAAGAUGAACCGGUUUGAAGCCCUGAGCCAAAUUCUUUCUCCAGAGAAUGGAGAGGGUGCCUUCCUUAUCCGUGUCAGUGAGAAAGGCCAGGUGGGCUACGUCCUCUCAGUCAAAGUCGGCAACCAAGCCAAGCACUUCAAGAUCUGUGAGCAGGAUGGUCAGUACUGGCUGGAACAGACCCGUCCCUUCAACACCCUGAUAGACCUGGUGGAGUAUUACACCACACACUCACUGGGAUCUGUGUCCCGCCUGGGGGAGGCCUGUACCAGGAAAGAGCCAGUGCCCCAGGACCUGUCUCACUCCACAGUGGAUGAGUGGGAGCUCCCGAAGGAAGAGUUCACCCUGGGAGAGCAGCUGGGCACCGGGUUCUUUGCUGAUGUCCACCAGGGCAAGUGGAAGAACAGCAUCAACGUAGCCAUAAAGAUUCUCAAGAACGACUCGUUGAACGACCAUGAGUUCCAGCGUGAGGUGCAGAUCCUAAAGAAGCUGAGACACAGACACCUGAUCUCCCUGUUCGCCGUCUGCACCUCCUCAUCCCCCUACUACAUCAUCACUGAACUCAUGGAGAAGGGAAACCUGUUGAACUUCCUCAGAGGUUCAGAGGGUUCUCAGCUGGACCUGGUGUCUCUGGCGGACAUGGCAGCCCAGGUGGCUGAUGGGAUGGCGUAUCUGGAGCAGCAGAACAGUAUCCAUAGAGACCUGGCGGCCCGAAACGUCCUGGUGGGAGAGAACUACAUCUGCAAGGUGGCCGACUUCGGACUGGCCAGGAUCAUCAAGGAGCCCUUCUACGUGUCUGAGGACAAAAAAAUCCCCUACAAAUGGAGUUCCCCGGAGGCCAUCAGCCACGGACGUUUCUCCAACAAGUCAGAUGUCUGGUCCUUUGGGGUUCUGCUCUACGAGAUACUAACCUACGGUGGGAUUCCAUACCCAGGUUACCACAACUACGAGGUAUACCGUCAGAUCAUCGCUGGCUACAGGAUGCCAGCUCCAGAGAAAUGUCCAAACUUACUCUACAAACUCAUGUUGGCCUGUUGGAGUGACAACCCUGCAGACAGACCGGACUUCAAGGAGCUCAGGAGCAAACUGGAGAACAUCAACCGCUAUGAGCUGGAGCAAUGAUCCUGAACCAUAGAAAUGGACAGUCAUCAGUGUUUAGAAAUAACCCCGUUUUUUUUUUGUUGCAUGGACAUUGCCAUUGACUUCCACCAUUUUUAAGUAGUCAACUGGGUGGGACAUCCUAUGGGUUAAGGACAGUGGAGGCUUCUGAUGAGAGGGGAGGACGGCUCAUAAUAAUGUCUGGAACGGAGCAAAUGGAAUGGCAUCAAACCAUGUGUUUGAUACCAUUCCACCUAUUCCACUCCAGCCAUUACCACAAACCAGUCCUCCCCAAUUAAGGUGCCACCAACCUCCUGUGGUUAAGGAUCACAUGAUUCCACUCAGGUCAUCAGGAAGGAUCAGCCAAUGAAUUAAACUUGAGAGAAAACUUUCUAUAAACUGCAGGUGGCAGUAAAUCACCAACUUUGGCUUUUCUGUCAUUGGUUAAGUCAGGAACAGCUUCUCCCUGGCAUGGAACACUUUGUUUCGAUUGUAAUAAAUGUACACUAAAGGACAAUAUCUCUGACUUUCAAAUCAUUAUUUUAUUUGUCAACUUUUUUUUUUCUUCAUUUGUAACAUACCUGCAACGUACCUGUAUCGAACCUGUAUCGUACCUGUAUUGUACCUGUAACGUACCUGUAUCGUACCUGUAACGUACCUGUAACGUACCUGUAUCGUACCUGUAACGUACCUGUAUCGUACCUGUAUCCUUAUCUUGUUUCAGCUUGUACAUUAAGUCUACAUGUACUGCUGUUUAUCUACUAUUCAUAAUAAUGUUCGCUAAUACUACAAAUACAGGUGUCUUCUCAGGGUUAUAAAUUCACCACUGGACACAUGUAAAACAAAUGAACCUCUUCUACAACAGGGUCGUUUUUACCCCCUGUAUAGUCAGUUCA